AUGUAUCAAUACUUUUUCAUUUUAUUUGCACUAUGUGCUAACGGGCUAUUACGAAAUAAAGGUCCUGGCAACUUUGUAAGUAACAAUGAUGAGGCCAUAGGAAAGAGUAAAGAUAUGAAUGCCUUUGGCAUGUCAGAAAAUGGGACAUUAUAUUUAAAUAGUGAUUCAAAUUUAAAUGAAACAUCCAGUGAAAGUUUUUUAGAAAAUUGUAAUAUCAACAGUUGUGUUGAUAUAAAUCAUGAAAAUAUUAACACAAUAAAUAAUCAAAAAAAUGAUAAUCUCAUAAAUAAUAAUAAUAAUUUAAAAGUAGAAUAUCCAAAUGGAAUAAAUAAUAACGUAUUGAAAGCAGAACAAAAUGAACAGAAGUUGUCAAAUAAGUUUGAAAAUAAUACCAUACAUGUAAAUAAUGAUAAUGUAAAAAAAAAUACAGAGAGUGCAAUAAAUAUAAUACCAACACAAAAGGAAAACUUACCUAAUAUAGAAAAAGGUGAAAAAAAAAAUAAUAACAAAAAUAAAGACAAGGAUAUGGAUAAUGAUGAUGAUGAAAUUGACGAUGAAAAGGAUGAGGAAAAUUUAGAUAGCUCUGUGGAAGAUGAAUAUAAAGAUAGUGAAGAUGAAGACCCUGAUGAGGAUAAGGAAGACGACGAAAACGAUAAUGAAAAUGAAAAUGAAAAACCUUAUAAAAAGGUUACAGAAGAGAAUAAAAAAGCGAUGGAAAUAAGUUCUGAUAACAAUAAAAAGGAGACCGAAAUAAGUUCUGAUAACAGUACAAAAGAGGCCAAACACAUUCUUGGAAAUAAUCCAGAAAACAUGACAGAGAUAUCUAAGGCAGGGAGUAAUCUCCAAACUCCCAAGUUUCGGAUUCAUAAUGAAAAAGAUAAAAUCAAAAUUAACAAAGAAAGAGUUGAAAAUGGCAAUAAACGUUUUAAUGAAUAUGAUAUUAAGAAUGAUAAUAAAAUGGGGAACCCGGAAAAUGGAGAAGUGGAUAAUGGGAUUAGUAAUCAAUUUCUUCAUGCUAAUAAUGAGAAAAAUUUUCAUGAAAUCCAAAACAGUCAAAAUAGCAACCAACAUGAUGAAAGACUUCAAGGAAAAAAAGUUGAAAAUGAUAUUUUAGACGAUAACCAAUUGGAUAGUGAAAAGUUGGACGAUGAAGAUUCGGAUGAUGAAGAUUUAGAUGAUGAAAAGGUAGAUGGAAAAAAAAAAAAUGUCAAAAAUGAUGAAGAAGAUGAAGAAGAUGAUGGCGACGAAGAUGAAAGUGACGACAGUAUCGAAAGUAAAGAAAUAAAUCGUGAAAAUAAAAGUUCAUUUUCAAAGGAGAUAAAAAAUGUAAAUGAGUCUACAAAAAAUGAAAAAGCUACAGAUGCAAAUCAAAAGAUAAUUCUAAACAAAGAUAACAAAAAUUAUAAUGAACCAGAUCCAAAUUGCUCUAAAGUGUCUGGGAAAGUUGAAAAUACCAUUUUGCAAACUACCAAGGUUGAUAAGGAUAUUCAUCAAGUUAAGGAAAAGGAAGUAAAUACAAAGUCGGCUUUGAAUGUUUCAGAAAAUAAUGGUCUCAAAUCAGAACAAAAUUAUGAAUCAAACAUGUUUACUAUCGAUAAAAAAAUGCACAAUAAGUUGAAUAAUAUAGAUGGAAUAGUUCAUGGGUUAAAUGAUAAAUUAAAUCAUCACAAGGAUUUAAAAAAUCUUGAACUGAAAUUAAAAUUUGAAGCCAUGGGAAGAAUACAAAAAUAUAAAAUGUAUAAUGAAGUUAUCCAAAAAGCGAUAGAAACAUUGACUCAGCGUUUAGCAAAAGUUAAUGAAGAUUUAAAUAAAUUAAAAGAAGUUUCAUCCAUUUCUCUUCAAAAAUACAUGAAUGAAACAGGCUAUGGAUUGGAAUCACUAAAUUUUCCAAAAUCAGAUUUACCCUUAAAAAAAGACGAAAAAAAACAACUGCAUGAACAUAUGUAUGUAUAG